AUGGCUCCAUUCUACAAGACCGCAGCAGCAUUUUGCCUCGUCGGACUCUUCGGGCUCCAAUCCGAGGCGGCCGAGACACCGAAGUACAAAUUUGUGGUUGUAGACGUAAAAGAUGACGCCUAUUUGACGGUCAGGCUGGCCCGUAAUGGAAAACUUUCAGUUAAAACAAAUGAGGUAGCAAAGGACGCCGAUAUUCUCAGCGCCUUGCAGGCAAAAGUACAAGAAGCCGAACAAGACACUCAGGCGACGUGCGCGACAGUGAUAGAAUCCAAAUUUAAGAAGAUAUUUCAUCAUUCCUUCGAAUUCACAGAAGAUCCAGACUACCGUGAACUCGUGCAGGAUGCCCUCACAACUGGACUAAAAGCUAUCGGGUAG